AUGGAUCCGCUUUCCGCUCAAGUAUUGCUAGCUACCGCCUUAGUCCAGGUACGCCCGCAUCAUGGUAAUCCAAUCACCGCCAGAGUGUUGAUUGAUCAAGGUUCAGAGCUCUCAUUUAUGAGACAGUCGCUCUUCAAGAAGCUUGGACAACCGCUACAGCGUGACAUGGUCAUGCUCAAGGGCAUUGGCAAUGUCUCCGCAGGAAGCUCACUAGGUGUGAGCACAAUUGAGCUUCGUUCGCUGUGUACAACCGCAUCAAUGCAUGUCAGCAUGCAUAUUCUACCAACACUGACGGUAGAUCUUCCAUCGUUCGUGAUCGCUGAUCCGAAAUGGCCGCAUCUUGAGAAUCUCAAGCUCGCUGACCCGCAGUAUCUACAGCCACGCCCUGUAGAUAUUAUUCUAGGUGCAUCACCAGCCGCACAGAUCAUGAACGCAGAGAUUCAACGAGGACCUCGCAAUGCUCCUAUUGCACAAUCCACCACGCUUGGUUGGAUUGUCUAUGGGGCUGUCACCGCUAAACACGCUUCAACAUCACACGCAGCACUACAUGCGUCAGUAGAUACUGAAUUACAAGACGCUAUCGCUAAGUUUUGGGAACAGGAAGAAGUUCCAUCAGGAAAUUCACCGCUCAACACCGCUGAAGAAGACGAAUGUGAAAUUCACUUUCGUCAAACGCAUUAUCGACAGCCUGAUGGACGCUACGUAGUGAGAUUACCGCUUAAGGCCCUUGAGAGUCAACUUGGCGACUCUAUCAACGCAGCUAUGGGGUCACUCCGCAGAUUAAUAACUCGCUUGUCGCGAGAAAGAGAAUAUUCUGACAUGUAUCGUGCAUUCAUGGCAGAAUACAUUCAGCUAGGACACAUGGUACGAGUACCAGUCAACGAAUUGCCCGCAAACGCUUAUUUCUUGCCUCACCAUGGGGUAUUGAAGCUUGAUAGUGCCACUACGAAGCUCCGCACAGUGUUCAAUGGUUCCUGUGCAACAUCUACAGGAAUUUCAUUGAACGACAUUCUCCACGCAGGACCCAAAACGCAAAUUGACAUUUUUGAUGUGAUGUUGAGAAUCCGUUGCAGCAGGAUUCUAUUCGCUACUGACAUCACCAAGAUGUUCAGACAGAUUGAGGUCGACUCGCUUGAUUGGCCGCUUCAGUGCAUUAUCUGGAUAGAUGAGAAUGACUUAAUAGACGCUUACUGUCUCAAGACAGUCACAUACGGAACCGCUAGUGCACCUUUUGACGCUGUACGUGUGCUUAUCCAACUAGUAAAGGAUGAAGGACACCGCUUUCCGCUAGCUGUUGCUCCAAUGUUGAAAACACGCUACGUAGAUGAUAUCUACGGUGGAGCAGACAACGAAGAAGACGCUAUCAAGGCUGCAGUACAAACAAAAGCUCUGUGUGCAGCAGGCUGCUUCCCGCUUGCCAAAUGGGCUAGCAAUAGCCCACGGUUACUCGCUGAAGUCGCUCCAGAAAAGCAGCUGGAUACACCGCUUAAAGAAAUCAGUGAUGCACCAGUAAAAGUCCUGGGCAUGUACUGGAAUUCACGCACUGACGCUCUCCAGUUCAAGUACACGCUACCGCCAGAGACGCCCAAGACAAAAAGAGCUAUUUUGUCUGAAAUCGCUAAGCUGUAUGAUCCGCUAGGACUUCUCGCACCAAUAGUCGUCAAAGCCAAGAUCUUUAUGCAAGAUCUGUGGCUAGAUAGAGUGUCAUGGGAUGAACAAUUGUCACCAUCACUCAUUCAUAAAUGGACUGGAUACCGCGAGGAUCUUUGA